CUACUUCCGUAUUCAAAUUUCCGGUCCACCGUUGCAAAAAAUUACUUUAGAGCUGAAAGCAAAGUAUACCUGUACAGGCGUUUCUUGAUGGCCAGCUCAACCAGACUUCAUAUUGUAUCGUUCUGUUUAUUUUUUUUUAUUAAUUAUUAUGACUGCUUUUAUAUUCCCGGAGUUGCCCCUACUGACUUCAAAGCUAAUGAUGCAGUCGAAAUUAAAGCAGUAAAAUUAACGAGUGUAAAAGCUCAACUACCUUAUGAAUAUUAUUCACUAGCCUUUUGCAAACCUCCCAAUUCUGAAAUAAAGUACAAAGCUGAAAACCUUGGAGAAGUCCUUCGAGGAGAUCGUAUUGUAAACACACUUUACUCAGUGAACAUGACUGUUUCUAAGGGGUGUACAGUCCUAUGUAAUAAAGUAAAGCUUUCCGCAAAGGAAAAGAAGAUUUUACAACAGAGAAUUCGCCAAGAAUAUUUCGUACAUCUGCUAGCUGAUAAUCUACCCUGUGCGACAAAGUUCCAAAUAUUGGAAACUGGUGAGACACAGUAUGAGCAUGGUUAUCGUCUUGGUUCUGUUAAAGACAACAAGAUUUAUAUUAAUAAUCAUGUCAAGUUUAUUAUGUAUCAUCAUUUAGUUGAUGAUACUGAUGCGAAAAAAAAGACAUAUAGAAUUGUUGGCUUUGAGGUUGAAGCAAGAAGUAUAGACAAUAAUGAAUUGCAAGCCAAUGGAAACACUUGCAAAAUUACGAGCAAAAAAGUUAACGCCCAAGAAAUAUCAGAUAAGGGUGAUACGGAGAUUCUUUUCACAUAUUCAGUUGACUGGAAGGAGAGCAAAGUUCCUUGGGCAUCAAGAUGGGAUAUUUACUUAAGUAUGACCGAUGUCCAAAUACAUUGGUUCUCAAUUAUCAAUUCGGUCGUAGUCGUUCUCUUCUUGGCUGGUAUACUAACAAUGAUCAUUAUUCGUACAUUGAGAAAGGAUAUCGCAAAAUAUAACAGGCCAGAGGAUGAUAUGGAUGAUACAUUGGAGGAAACAGGCUGGAAACUGGUUCAUGGAGAUGUUUUUCGACCACCCCAGAGAGUAAAAUUGUUCACCUCAUUUGUUGGAUCUGGUAUGCAAAUCCUUUGCUGCUCUUUCUUGACCAUUGUUUUCGCAAUGCUGGGAAUGUUAUCUCCCUCCUCAAGGGGUUCCUUAAUGCAAUGGGCAAUUAUCCUAUUUAUGUUGAUGGGUUUAAUAGCAGGCUUCUUCUCUGGAAGGUUAUACAAGACGUUGAAAGGAGAUUCAUGGAAAAAAGCAGCUUUUCAAACUGCUUCACUAUAUCCAACGAUUGUAUUUGGAUGUUGCUUCUUUCUAAACUUUUUCAUUUGGGGAAAACAAUCGUCUGGGGCUGUACCGUUUACUACAAUGAUUGCUUUAUUGUGUAUGUGGUUUGGCAUUUCUUUACCAUUAGUUUAUUUAGGAUAUUACUUUGGAUACCGUAAACAACCUUAUUCACAUCCAGUUCGUACAAACCAAAUACCCAGACAGGUUCCUGACCAACAGUGGUACUUGAAUCCUGUAUUUGGCAUCUUAAUUGCUGGAAUUUUGCCAUUUGGCGCCAUGUUUAUAGAGUUAUUCUUCAUUUUUACAGCUAUUUGGGAAAAUCAGUUUUACUAUCUUUUUGGUUUUCUGUUCUUAGUUUUCGUGAUUCUCAUAAUUAGCUGUUCUCAAAUAUCAAUUGUAAUGGUUUACUUUCAAUUAUGUGGAGAGGAUUAUAGAUGGUGGUGGAGGAGUUUCGUUGUUUCUGGCGGAUCUGCAUUCUAUGUCUUUGCCUACUCAAUUUUCUAUUUCAUAACAAAGCUAGAAAUUUCAGAAUUCAUUCCAACUCUAUUGUACUUUGGGUAUACAAUAUUGAUGGUAUUUACAUUUUGGCUGAUGACCGGGACGAUCGGAUUCUAUGCGGCUUACACUUUUAUCCGCAAGAUCUACAGCGAAAUACAUAUAGAAUAAACGAGCAGUGGUACAGUACUUUAAAACGAAGAGAGAGCAAGAUUGUAUUUAGUUGAAAGUUUAUUAAAUACAAAAAAAAAUAUACUAAUUUAUUAAUAAGUAAAUUUAAAAUAUUUUUGUUAUUUGCUUAACCGUAAUAACUACUUUUUCGUUAUUCACUUGAUGAAUAUCUCCUAUAUUUUUAUUCAAGUGUCUGACAAUAGAUAAUGUAUAUUUCUAAUUUAGCAAUGGUGAUUUUAUUCUUUUCUGUUGACUAUCUUGAAAUCUGUGAACAAUAUUUUUUAAUAUUGUAACGAGAAUUGUUUAUUUCAUUUUGAGAGUGAAUUUUAUCAAUGAGGUACAUUUGUAUGUUUCUUCAUCAAAAUUAUAUAAAUAUUCAUUCACAAUUGGCGUUCAUUUUUCAUUCAUCUCCUCAAAAAGACUACAUUACUAUGUUUAUGGAUGCCUACAUUUACUUUUAGCUCUUUAACAAAUCUGACAACGUGGCAGCUUGUAUUGAUUAGUUUUUACCGUUAAAUAACUCGAUGACUUUAAUAAUAUUUAUGGCUUCCAAUAAACUUCUAACAUAUUCUUUU